AUGGGCGGAUGGGUGAGAAGCAUACCUUUUCAUGUUUUUAAGAGGCAUUUCAGAUCGAUUAGUUUGAUUAGGUUUCGUUUGGUCAUGGCGACAAGACGAAGCACUUUCGCUGGAGGCGAGAAAGAAGCGGAUAGUCGCGUCAGAUCUUUAACAGAUACCGCCUUUCUGAAGUCGCCUAAAAAAACCUGCAGCUGCCUGGAAUUGGUACGAGAAACUAUUCCAGCUCUUACAGAGUGUGCUCACAAAGGACAAAUGGGUAGAAUAGGAGUGAUAGGAGGAUGUCAGGAGUAAGUAUACUUCGAAUAAAGAGGGUCCAUAUUGGUAGAGUCUACCUUGAAUUUCAUAAUAUAUGGGACCUUUUGAUUUGUUUCUAGUCUUGUCUUAGAAGCGUUCUUAAGUUAUAUAUUGAAAGAAAGGUUAAAUUAAAUUACCAUUGGUGAAGUAAACAUUGGCUUAUGUUUAUUUAACAAGGCAUAAGACAUCGCACAGCCAGUUUCUUGGUGCAAUGUGUAUCAUUGGGCCAUAUACAUGUAAAAAGAGCCAUACCCAGUCCUUGGUCAGUGUUGUAAAUUUAUGCAAAAACUUUAAAACUGAACUGAACUUUAAGCUGAACCACAGUCAAACCUGUAUAAUAUGUCAGUCUUGGAGAAUGGCUAAAUGACCUCUUACAGCACAGGUUGACCUCAAAAUACAGUUUUGAGCAGCCUCUAAGAGUAAAUAAAGAAAGGGAGAGGGUUACAAAGAAAAGUAUCCUGUUUGAAUAUCAAUACAAUAUAAAACAAAAACACAACAAUGAAAGUGUUUUUUUAUCUUAAAAAUAAAAAGAAAAUCUGACCAAAAGAAGACAUGGGUAGUAACACGUCAUCAGUGCGGAAUUUCUCCAGUCAUUGCUUUGAUGUCAUUUUGCAUAUGUUAUUUCUACAAUGGUUUUGGUUGUUAGGUGAAACAGUAACAAGUUAAAGCCAAGCUAUUAUUACCUAAAUAAAAGAUUUCUAUACAUGAUAACAAAAAGUGAUAUUUUUUUGCAGGUACACUGGUGCUCCCUAUUUUGCAGCAAUAUCAGCUUUAAAAGCAGUAAGUUUAUUCUAUGUAACAAUUGCUGAAAUGUGAAAUUUUUGUAACUUAUGAAAAAACCGUGAAAAUACUGGUCUAUGGGCAUCCUAAUUUUCAGCACUGUACAUUGUACUCACCAUCAACUAACUCUGUUUCUUCAUUUUUUGUCUAUGAAAUUUUUAAUUCUCAAUUUUUUUUUCAGAUUUUUUUCAAACAAACACUCAUGUAAAAAUUAAGUGAUUGUAAUAAUAUUGUAAUCAUUUUUGAUUUGCAGGGAGCAGAUUUGUCUCAUGUCUUCUGUACUAGUGAUGCAUCCGUGGUGAUAAAGUCUUACAGUCCUGAACUCAUUGUUCAUCCACUCUUGUUAGUACUAAAAAACAUAAAUGUAAUUAGAGAUACUUUACAUUUGAAAGCAAUGCCAAAGAAAUUCCAUUUAAAGGGACAGGUUCACGGUUCAGCGCAUACUCAUUUAUCAAAUUGCUGUUUUCUGCUGGGACAUGUUGUCCUGUCUAUGCAAGCAAUAUGAUCUUGUCAUAAUGUUUUCAAAGAACUAAUCUGCACACUCCCCUGGCAGUCACUUGCACUUGAUCAACUUAAAUGUUUGCAAAUAGCUGUAAAUUAAUCAACCAUGGAAUAAAACCUUCGGGUCAGCGAUAAAUUUAACGUUGGUAGUGUUGGCAUAAUCCAGUAAUUUUUUUCGACUUUAGUUUUCUUCCAUCCUACUUCAAGUUACUCUGAAAUGCACUUCUACUUUGAAAUACACUCUGAGAUUGCCAAGAUACAUGUGAGUGGGAUUGCCAACCGAUAGAAUUAAUAAUAAAUUGGAAAAAAGUAAUUUGANUUUGAUUUGCAGGGAGCAGAUUUGUCUCAUGUCUUCUGUACUAGUGAUGCAUCCGUGGUGAUAAAGUCUUACAGUCCUGAACUCAUUGUUCAUCCACUCUUGUUAGUACUAAAAAACAUAAAUGUAAUUAGAGAUACUUUACAUUUGAAAGCAAUGCCAAAGAAAUUCCAUUUAAAGGGACAGGUUCACGGUUCAGCGCAUACUCAUUUAUCAAAUUGCUGUUUUCUGCUGGGACAUGUUGUCCUGUCUAUGCAAGCAAUAUGAUCUUGUCAUAAUGUUUUCAAAGAACUAAUCUGCACACUCCCCUGGCAGUCACUUGCACUUGAUCAACUUAAAUGUUUGCAAAUAGCUGUAAAUUAAUCAACCAUGGAAUAAAACCUUCGGGUCAGCGAUAAAUUUAACGUUGGUAGUGUUGGCAUAAUCCAGUAAUUUUUUUCGACUUUAGUUUUCUUCCAUCCUACUUCAAGUUACUCUGAAAUGCACUUCUACUUUGAAAUACACUCUGAGAUUGCCAAGAUACAUGUGAGUGGGAUUGCCAACCGAUAGAAUUAAUAAUAAAUUGGAAAAAAGUAAUUUGAUUAAUGAGCAUGCGGUUAACCAUGAACGUGUCCCUUUAAAUGUAUCCUGGAAACUUUCAUUACUUAUUUCAAAAACACCUUUUAUGCUUGAAGUUGUCUGUUUUCCCAUGAGUUGUUGCAGGAGCUAAAGGCUGUAUGUAGUACAUGUAGUUUGUAGGAAAAGGCCUCCUGUUAGCUGCAGCCCUUUACUAACAGCUCACUGUGUUUCCCCAGGGAUAAAAAAACAGCUGUGAAAGAGGUAAAAGAUUGGCUGUCAAGACUUCAUUGCCUCGUGAUAGGCCCAGGGAUGGGAAGAAAUCCAACAAUAAUUGAGAAUGUUAAGGUAACUUCAUAAUUUCUUGAUUCUAACUAUUGUUUUGUAAUAAUUGCAAAAUGUGCACUCUGCUUACUUUGUAUUUUUCUUUUUGUAUCCAGGGUGUUCUUGAACUUGCAAAAGAACAAAACAAACUCCUUGUCAUAGAUGCAGUUAAGUAAACUAUUUAAUGACUCAACUUACUGGUAACUUUUAGGUGUGUGUGUGUGUGUGUGUGUGUAUGUGUUCUCUUUUGCUUUUGAUGAUCAAUGUUUCUUUGGUAAAUUUUCACCUAUAUGUAUUUAUCAGUACAGAAUUAAAUAUUUUUUCUUGCUGGGUGUUUACUCCUAUACUAAAUUUGUAAAAUUGUUAGCCAGGAAAAAAGACUGUUUAAUUUUUUUUAUAGGAUGGGCUCUUUAUGGUCACCUCAUACCCUGAAAUAGUCAAGAAUUACACCAAGGCAAUACUAACACCAAAUGCAGUGGAGUUUUCAAGAUUAUACAACACCAUGGUACUGAAAUUAUAGACUGCAAAUGUAAUUAUUAAUUUGUUCUGAAAUAUUUUGGCUGGAUCAUUAAUCAAAAAGGACAGAGAAAUAGAAGAUUAAAGAUUAAAGCAAAUGUAGUUUUUAUAGAAUUGAAGUAACUGCCUAUUUCAACCUGUAUCCCUGAAAAAGCUGUAUACAUGGUGACCCUGUCCUUCCUUUUAGAGGCUCUUCUAUCUUCAGUGGCUUUAAGAACAACAAACAGACAUAUUAUGUGCUUCAUAUCCUCUUCUAAGUGUAUAUAGAAGUGGAUAUAUGUGAAUAUGCAGUGAUUAUUAUUUUCCAGGGUAAAGGUUUUUAAUUUACCCGGGGGACAGAGAACAUGUAAGGAAAUAUUGUCAACUUUUACUCCGAUUCCUUGGGAUGUCAGUUGUCACGUCAUAACUAGUGUAUAAUAUAGCUGUUUGUACCAAUUUCUAGUUUGGACGGGAACCUGAUCCUUCAAUAGACUCUUCAAGUCAUGUGACCCAGUUAUGCAGAGAGUUUGGAGGGGUCACGAUAUGUCGAAAAGGACAAGAAGACAUUCUUGCAGAUGGAAAGGAUGGUAAGAAAUUUGGCUUCUAUGUUAUUAUAGAAACUUGUGAGCAUUCUGUUUUUGUUUCUGAGAGUGGCAUGAAGAGCCCCCAGACCCUCCCACCGGCUUUUGGUAGGGUAACUGAAAGAGCAGCGAAUCCUGUAAAAAUCCGUCUAAAGUCAGUGGAGUCAAUGUCAUGAUUUCUGGAGAGAUAAUCGUAGUUUUUUUGUUCCAACCCUUUGUACCAUUGUAUAGUAGUUCAUUGUACAACUGAAGGAAGCAACAGAAGGUGUGGAGGACAAGGUGAUCUUUUGUCUGGAUCCAUGGGAGUAUUCUUUCAUUGGGCUGAUACAACAUUCAAGAAAAAGACCAAGGAAGAAAGGUAUUCAUGUAAUAAAUAAUAAUAAAUGUCUUUAUUGCUCGUUAGAUAAAAAUACAUAUCUAAUGUUACAGGAUAAAAAGAUUAAAAGUUCAGCUAAAUUACAAUAGAGUAAAAAGAUUAACAAAUGUGAAAACUAGNAGUUCAUUGUACAACUGAAGGAAGCAACAGAAGGUGUGGAGGACAAGGUGAUCUUUUGUCUGGAUCCAUGGGAGUAUUCUUUCAUUGGGCUGAUACAACAUUCAAGAAAAAGACCAAGGAAGAAAGGUAUUCAUGUAAUAAAUAAUAAUAAAUGUCUUUAUUGCUCGUUAGAUAAAAAUACAUAUCUAAUGUUACAGGAUAAAAAGAUUAAAAGUUCAGCUAAAUUACAAUAGAGUAAAAAGAUUAACAAAUGUGAAAACUAGAUACAUAUAUCUGACAUAAAAUAUCAUAAAAGGUUGUAUUUAAAAAUUAAUCUAUUUACAAAUGUGUUAUUAUAACGUUCGGUGUUUAUCUUGGGCCUUUGGCAGCUUUUACGUCUAAGGUUGUAGGUUAAAUUGUUCUUUUCUUGCGGUAAGCAAACCUUCAGAGGGUGGUAAUCACGCUGUUUAACUUUUUAAAAAUCGCUUUAUGAUCUUGUUUUUUUCUACAUACUCUCAGCACGUGUACACAUUUGUUGGCCUUGCACAGUUUAGCUUUUAUGUGUGCAAAAAAUUUUCAGUCACUCCUGAAAGAUCAAACCUAAUAAAUCAAGAGUGGCAUGUCCCGCGCGGGAUCCUUUGAUUUUCAGUUAAGAGGUUUAUAAUGACUGUUACAAGGCAGUAAACGUCUUCACAGUCAGCCAUUAGAGUCUUGGUUUACAACAAGAAUAAUAGAAAUAUAGUUUCAGCAUAUUACUCACGGUUCUCUGCAGUUUGCUUUUCUGGUCUCGUGCAUCUACGGUGGGAUAAUGUACCGCAGGUCACGUGCACCAGUGUUGGGAAAUUUUUUAUCACAGGCCGCGGGUACUACUUACUCCUUUUACUUGUAAAUACUAAAACAAGUGGUUUUACGAGAUUUAAAAAGGAAAUUGCAAACCUGGUAAUAAGCCUUUUCAUAGAAACUAAUGUAUUUACAGUCUGAAAUGUCAUCCAUCUCUUCGCGCCACCCACCCCCCCCCCCACCCUCCAACGGACGGAAAGGGGAGGGGGUGGGGCGAAGGGACGGAUUGCAUUUCAGACUAUUGUAUAUAACGUUGUAUUUUUUUAUCGCUGUCGGAAAUUUUUACGCCAAUCAGUGCCUAUUUAUUGAGCCCUCCUUAAUCAAGAUGUUGUUUCCAUUUAACUUAUUUAUUUUACUGCACUAAUUAAACUUUAACCUUUAAAAGCGAACACAUUACAUUUUCUGUUGCACUUACAGAGCAUGCGCAUAUGGUCGAACAUUGGUAGCUGCCUAUGGCGCUUGCGCUUUAACACGAACCUGCAACAGACUGGCGUUUGCAAAGUACAAGCGGAAUAUGACUACUACAGAUAUGAUCGCAGAGAUUCACGACGCAUUUCAAUUGUUAUUUCCUGAGAAAAAGUCAGAUGAGAACGUAACAAGACAGGAACACACUGUAUGA